GCUGAGCUUUUAAAGGACGCUCCACUGCAGUUUACAGUCACUUUAACAGAACCAUCCAGAGAAACUGUGACACUGGAUUACAGACAACAGGAAUCAUGGGGUACUUCUGGUUCUUCUCUGCUGAAACGUGGGCGCUCCUGCUGCUGUUUAUAAGCCUUUUGCUUCUGUAUGGAUACUGGCCCAACAGUUUCUUCAGAAAAUUAGGAAUUCCUGGACCCAAACCUCUCCCAUUGCUGGGAAACAUGUUAGAGUACAGAAAGGGUUUCCAUGCACUUGACAUGGAGUGCUUUAUGAAGUAUGGGAGGAUUUGGGGGAUAUAUGACGGGAGAAUGCCUGUACUUUGCGUUAUGGACAGAACCAUCAUUAAAUCAGUGCUUGUUAAAGAAUGUUACUCGCUCUUCACCAACAGACGGGAUUUCGGUCUGAAUGGUCCGCUGUAUGACAUCCUGUUUGUGGCCAUAGACGAGGACUGGAAGAGAAUCCGGAACAUUCUCUCUCCCUGUUUCACCAGCGGAAGACUGAAGGAGAUGUUUGGGAUCAUGAAGACACAUUCAGACACUUUAGUUAGAAACCUGGAGAAGAAAACGAAGCAAAAGAGUGGAGUACAUGUUAAAGAGUUGUUUGGAGCAUACAGUAUGGAUGUGAUAACCAGCUCAGCGUUCAGCGUUGACAUUGAUUCUCUUAACAACCCCAAAGAUCCGUUUGUGACCAACGUGAAGAAGUUGCUGGAUUUUGAUUUCUUAAAGCCAAUUUUCCUCAUUACAGUGUUGUUCCCCUUCACCAUCCCCCUGAUGGAGAAAAUGAAUGUUGCUUUCUUCCCUACAUCUGCGACUGAUUUCUUCUGUGCCGCCCUGCAGAAGAUUAAGGCUGACCGAGUGGCCAAAGACCACAAGAGCAGAGUGGACUUUAUGCAGCUAAUGGUGGAUUCUCAAACACCAGAGAAAGCAGCAGACCAACAAGGAGAGGAGAUAAAAAAAGGUCUGAGUGAUCAUGAGAUUUUAUCUCAGUCCAUCUCCUUCAUUUUUGCUGGUUAUGAGACGAGUAGCAGCACACUGUCCUUCUUCUUCUACAACAUGGCCACCAACCCAGAAACGAUGAAGAAACUUCAAGAAGAGAUCGACCAGACCUUCCCCGAUAAGGCUCCAGUUCAGUACGAUGCAGUGAUGAGUAUGGAAUAUCUGGAUGCUGCACUGAAUGAAACACUGAGGUUGUACCCUGUGGCAGCACGGACUGACAGAAUCGCCAAGAAAACCGUGGAGAUUAAUGGUGUGACUAUCCCUGAGGGAACCACUGUCAUGAUUCCCAUAUAUCCCCUCCACAGAGACCCUGAAUACUGGCCUGACCCAGAUACCUUCAACCCUGAGAGGUUCACUAAGGAGAAUAAGGAGAGUAUAGACCCCUAUAUGUACAUACCUUUCGGUGCAGGACCCAGGAACUGUAUCGGAAUGAGGUUUGCACUGGUGUCCAUGAAGCUGGCCAUCGUAGAGAUACUGCAGAGAUUCGAUGUCAACAUUUGUGAUGAGACGAAGAUUCCCUUGGAGUUUGGUAACGAUGCUUUCCUGGCUCCUAAAGUCCCCAUCAAACUAAGAUUCACCCCUCGAGCUAACUCCAAAUCAGACGACUUCUGCAACAACAAUUACUCCAAAUCAUAACAUGUUACUUGUCCCAUUUUGUUCAAAAGGCUGAUUCUAGCUAGGUUUUGAGUGUAUAAUAUGUUUACAAGUAUUAAAAUUGAUUAUUAUCAAAAAUGUAUA